GAUGGAGUCACAAGUGGACGAAAGUAAACCGAAACUAAGUCGCGAAAAACAAUAUUUUAAAGAAAAGGAACACUUUACCAUACAUAUAUUUACUUUAUACGAAAUAUUUUUUGUGAUCGUUGUUGUUCUCUUUAUAAUUAUGAUUGCAGUCUUCAGGACAGAUCGAACAAAAUUCAUAGAUAACAUCUGCUUAAGCGCCGACUGCGUAAAUUCUUCAGAAUUCUUUCUCGACAUAAUCAACAACUCCAUCAAUCCUUGCGAAAACUUUUACGAAUUCGCUUGCGGUGGCUACGAAGGACCAACCUCCACUUUAGAAGAGGCUCAAUUGCGAGUCGUAAACGAGUUCAAGUCAUUGACAACUGGAAAUAUAAACGAAAAUGAUCCCUUGUCUGUAAAGAAGCAGAAAAAAUACUAUACAGCUUGUAUGAAUACAUCGGCAAUCGAAGAAGAUGAUAAUAGAAGUUUAAAGAAGAUAUUUGAAAAGUUAGGAGGAUGGCCUCCGUUGUUUUAUGAAUGGGUUAAUAGUUAUAAUUUCGAAAAGAUUAUUGAAACGUGUAUUGAUUUGGGGUUGAGCUAUGAUUGGUUUGUUGAUGUCGGAGUAAAUGAUGAAGAUUCCGAAAACGUUACCUUGCGGAUAUCAGCACCCAAAACUGCCAACAAGAUUGAAAGACAGUAUAAAGAUAAUUAUCAGUUACUUAUAGAAAACAUCUUAAAAAUACUGAGGGCGAAUAAUAGCUUGGAUUAUAUUUCGGAAGCAGCUAAAUCAAUAGUCGAAUUUGAAAAUUCACUAGCUCAUAUUAUUUCAGAGUCCGGUAACACUUACUCAAAAACUUCGAUCGAAGAAUUAAGAAUAGGAUUUCCUUCUCUACCGUGGGAUGCGUUAACUAAGCAUGUCUAUAUUAAAGAAAACGCUACAAUCGAAGGAGCCAUUUCCUAUUUUCCAAGAUUGAUAAGGUUUUUAGAAAAAAAUAGUCCGAGGACUAAGGUUAACUAUAUCUUAUGGAAAAUAACUGAAAAUCUAUACCAAUUUUUACCAAGGCAUAUCAGAAGAGAAUUUGAGGCCUAUAAACUCGUUACAAAAAAUGAAACCGAUUUACCUCGAAACCUUUUUUGUUUUAAAAUAUCAGAAACAAUAUUUGCCUACGUAUCAGAAUCAGCUUAUGCUCAAAAAUAUGCCCCAGACCGAGAGACAGUCAAACGCAUUUUCAAAAAUAUCAAAAUUAUUAUGCACGAUCAUAUCAACGCAUCCAAGUGGAUGAACCACACCCACAAAGCAUAUGCCCUUAAUAAAUUGCAAAAAGUAAAAAUUAUGAUUGGAGGACCUGAUGAAGUAUUCGAUACCAGAAAAUUUGAUGAAUUUCUGGGUAUUGACAAGAUCGACAUUUUGAACCUCAACAAUACCCUGGAUAUCGUACGAGCAGUGGACAAAAGUCGUGACAAAUAUAAUUUAAACUUGCGAAGGAAGCAAAUCACCGAUCUGAGAGCUAGAUUGUAUCAAGGCAUUGUGAAUAUUCAUUCUACGAAAUAUCUUCCGCCAGAUAAUCUAAUAUAUUUACCAGCAGCCUUCAUAGGAGGUGUAUUCGACUACCAAAAAGGUCUAAAUUUUCGUAACUAUAGUGUCUUGGGUAUAGUAAUAGCUCACGAAUUAGCACACGCGUUUGGAAUAUUGGACACAUACGAUCCGUUUCAAGAGAAGUCCAAGAUGACAUGGUCAAAUUCAAGCUUCCAAGCUUUCUUGAACGAAAGUCAAUGUCUAAUGGAUCAGUGUUUAGAAAUGGAUGGACUAGAAUUCACAAAUAAUACCCAAUGUAUAAAAACUUUCGAAGAAAAUUUCGCAGACUACGCCUCAGUAGACAUUGCAUACGAAGCCUUCAAAAGAACAAAAGCCGAAGGAAUCAACCAACUGCCGGGUUUGAAGUACCAAAUUGACCAACUUUUUUGGAUAAGCUAUGCUGCUACGAUGUGCGAUAGUAUUAACAACAAAACCACAAACGGUACCUUCUUAUUGAGUCAUCUGGAACCGUCCAAGAGGAUUUUGGGAUCGUACAGGAAUUCUAAAUAUUUUGCUGGAGAUUUUGGUUGUCAAAACGGAAGUUAUAUGAAUCCUGUUGAUAAAUGUGUUGUGUUAUAACAAUGUUAUUUUGGUAAAUGUAUUGUGUUUUAACAAUGAUAUAUUUUAUAGAA